CAACAAACUACAACAAACGGGGUUUACUGAGUUCAAGUUUCAUCCUCUGGUUGUCCUUGUGAAGGAGAACGCCUGAAAGUUGUCUGGAAGCCAGAAAAAAGUCAUACUCAGGAAGGUGCAAUUAUUUAAUUGAUUUAAAACUGCUGGGCUGAUCCUUUAUAAGGCCAGUUUCUGGGAGGAAAUCAAUCGUCUUUAUCCUGCUCCAAGGUGUUACCAUGAUUACCCCGAAGAUACUUCUGCUUUUCCUCCUCACAGUAUUUACAGGUGUGUGUCCCAGAGAGAUACAUUCAAAGGCAGGUGAGAUGGUGGCGCUGUACUGCCCUCGUAACAGAGGAUAUAAUCAUGCUGAUACCAAACUGGUCUGGACAAGUCACACAACCCAGAGAACGUAUGUGACCAACAACAUGUCAUCAGAUGAGCUGACACAGAUGGGUGUUGUGCUUCAUGGAAGGAGCCUUGUGAUUCUCAGUGUGUCCAUAAACCAUCAAGGGAAUUACUCAUGUGCUAUGGGGAAUGCCAGCAGCCAGUUCUGGUUCAGGCUGACAGUAAACACAGCACAGUCCAGAGAGCAUGAAGAAGAAACUAAGUACUCUAAGACAUGUUACACAGCAGAAUCCUGUGAAUUGUUUUGCCCUGAUGAAAAUAUUCCUGCUGUAAAUACCCCGAAUAUUACCAGCAACGGCAUCACAUGGCACAAGAAGGGUGAGUCAUGGCCAAUACGCAGUUACUUUUCACGUGUGGAGGCAAAAGACAGUGGUGUCUACACCUGUACCAGAUCUUACCUGUAUCAUGGUCAGAUAUAUAACAUGACCUUUACAGUGGUGCUUAAUGUCAAAACAAAGGAGGCUGUGAAAACUGCAGAAAUCAUUUCCCCACACCAGGAUGAGGUGUUUCCUGUAGAUCUGGGCUCAGCAAAGGUGAUUAACUGUACAGCUGUUGUGUUUUCAAACUUUGACGGGGUGUUCUGGUUGAGUGGGAAAACAUCUGUUUCCCAAAACACCAAGUCACCAGUUUUCUAUAAUCUCACACGAGAAAAGCAUGGUGAUGAAAUAAAGAUAACAGCAUCUCUGGUCUUCAAAAAAGUGUCACAGGAGGAUCUAUCAAAAAAUUAUACCUGUAAACUAGAAUCUGUUUCCCAGUCCUCAAGCUUUGUCACCAUUACCCUCGUCCAAAAAACUCGCCCCUCUUACACUGCUCUGGCUCUCAGCAUUGUGGGCAUUGUGGUGUUAAUUGUUGUGACAGUAGUUAUCUAUGUGAAGUUGAAAAUUGACAUCACUCUUUUCCUAAGAGACACUCUUGGCUGCCAUAGAAGCACCUCAGAUGGAAAAAGCUACGAUGCCUUUUUGAUGUGUUAUAAGAGCGACACGGAUGCAGGACUAAAUGCUCAUGACAGAAAACAGCUGGAGAGUGUUUUGGAGGAGAGGUUUGGUUACAGCCUCUGUCUUUAUGACUAUGAUGUCUUACCAAGAGAAGCUACGGUGGAGGCAGUGUUAGACCGCAUAGAGCAGUGCCGGACGGUAGUCCUGGUUCCCACAUCUCCAGAUCCCGGUCUAGGUUCUGGAGUGCUGAGUGCCAUCCAUGCAGCCCUUGUGGAGCGGCAGACUCACUUGAUUUUCAUCAAAACGGAGACAACAGAAGCGUCAACAUCAGGUUCCUUAGCUGAGGCCUUACAACUUCUUAGCGAGGCCGGAGACUGUGUCACCUGGAGGGGCAUGAGAUCCAUACCUUCCUCCUCCUCCUUCUGGAAACAGCUACGGUAUUACCUACCUGUGCCACAGCACGCACCAAAAAUAAGCCUUUUACCAGACAGCUGACCAGUAUGAUAACUGUUGAAAUACUUAGCAAAGUCAGAAUGAAUAUGUCAUAUCAGUGUUUUGGUAUAGGACGUACUCUAUCAGUCAAAAGUUGAACAACUUGGUUUUUCCAAUUGUUACUGAAGUUUGUAUAGUGUAAUAUCUCAGUGUAAUCUACACCAGUAUUUAUUUCUACAAUGAAAAUGAAACAUUGUUUGGAGAGUUUGUCCCACAAGUUUCCACAAAUGUAUUAUACUUGUAAGCUGCUUUGUUUUCACCUCUAAUUCAUCCCAGUAUUGUCCUAAUAAUCAGUCACAUCAGAGGGGGUAGUAACACAGUUUGUUCCAACACUACCUUUAUACAAUUUUUUAAUCCCUGUAAAAGACCUAUUUUCUAUGAGGUUUACAUGACUUUUCAGUUUCUAGUGGCCUAAACCUUUUUCUCACCAUGAGCAGUUACAGUUGUACCAUUAAGGUCUUGCCCUGGACUUGAAUUGUUUAAAUUUCAAUAACAACUGGGAAAAUUAGGGUGUUCUUAGACUUUUAAGUAUAUAUUUCACUAAAAUUACUACUAACUAUAUAUAUUUUUUAUAGUUUGCACCUUUGUGGGAUUCACAUUAUACCUAAAACAGUUUUUGAAGCUCCUCUUAUAUAUUGGAACUACUAGUUGUGUUCUCAUGAUGCUCUCCACUCUCCCUUUAUCCCUACAACUUAUUUAUCCUACCUCUCCAUAUAUCAUAAAAUGCAGUGCCUUGGUGUAGUGGUGCCUGCCCCUGGUGAGCCCCAGUACUGCAUAGCCUCCUCUCUACUUACUCUGUCCACCCUGAUCAGCUCUUGAUUGACUGACUCACUGACUCAUUGAGCGAAGAGGCCUUUUUCACCUCAGACGUUUUGACUUGUCAUUAUGGAAAAAACACAGACGGCUGUGUUGUAAUUUUAACAACCAGUAGGUUAUGACAGUGUGACAGUGAACUGGUAUGCAUAAAUACCAGGCCCUUAAAAUUGAAGCAGUAAUUAUUAUAGUAAUUAAUUUGAUUAUUUACACUUAAGCCCUUCCCACUGUGACAUGUCAAAAUGUCUGAGGUGAAAGAGGCUGAGCAGAUGUGGGCACUGCAGGGAAAGAUGGAAAAUAUACAGUACUGAGCCUCUCCAUAUCCUGGGGUGGACAGCACUGCCCCAGGUCAGUAUGAUGUUAAGCUUUUACAAAUGUACUUUUUUGUAUUGACCAUAUGAACUCACUAUGUAAUAUGUGAAAGGGUUACCUUCUUGUAGUAUAUUGUAUAUUGUUUUAAUUUUACAUUUUGCAGAUUUACUGGCUCACUGUCAGACUUCCCAAAGGCAGCUAAGCUCUGAUAAACCCACUGAACACUGCUUUGUCACUGAAUAGCAAACAGUAAUCAUGUGACGGCUGAAUAAAGUGGAACAUUUGUCAGAUAAGUACCCAGAUAUUUUCCCCAAGACUUGGUGGAAACUCUGACUGAGUCAAAAGGUCAGUGAAUCUUGGACUUCUGUUCAACAGGUGGCAGGAAACACAUUGUUACUCCAUGUUUCCUGUAUAAGUAGCUCCUGUUUUCUCAUUAAGUGUAAUUGAACAUGAUAAUGAGCUUAUUUGAUGUUUUCCACCACCUGCUGGUAUAAAACCAUCAGUGCAACUUCAAGGAAUGGGUCUCCUUUGAAUCUCAGAAUAUACUGUAUUGCCAUAACUGUGAAAUAAAUCUUUAGCUUUCAAAGUUUGCCUAAUAAAAUCUCCAUCAACCUGGCACAGAUGCUUGAAACAGGACAGACUGCUGUCAAUGAAAAUUAGAGAAAAUUUAACAUAUUCAUUUAAGCAUUAAUCAUUGUGAAUCCUGGAGGUUUGGAGAAAGAGUCACAGUUUUCUCUGGGAAUUUCUCUUUCAAGUUUGCAUGUGACUCGCUUUGGUGAUUAAAUUAGUCUUAAUGCUCUAAAAGAUCACUGGGUCUGCACAGGUUACCCUGACAACAGAGAGGGUGAAAAAUAUAAUAUCAUUUAGAUGAUUAAAUUAGACAAUCAGAUUUAAAAAAAAAGAAAAAGAAAAAAGAAACUCUGUCAUGGUAACAUACCUGAAUCAACUGUGUUCACUGUUCUACACCAUUAUCCACAUGGUCUGGUUAUGGUUUUGACUUUAUACUUUUCAGUUCAAAUUAAGGGAAUAGCCCUUUAAUGCCUAAAGACUGCCAGUUACAUCUGUAUUGUUCAAAAUGAGUGGAUUAAUGUUUGAGGAUGGACCUUGUUUAAUGUCACGAUGUUAAUUUUCCAUAAAGAUAACUGCUGUAAAGAAGUUGGCAGAGGAAGGAGCAGACGGUGUGAGGCCUAUUUGUUAGAACUUACUAAAGUAUCUUUAAACUAAACUUUAUCACCAUGGUUUGCUCAGCAAUGGGAUUUUUUCAUUGGGUUCUGAAUUGUUGCAGAAAAUAAGCUCUUUGCCAAACAAAAGUUUAUGAUACUGAGCUCUGACCUCUUCUAUAAAAGCCUUUCUUCUUAGAAAGUUAGUGAUAGUCUGCAGGAGUGUGAGUAUAAACACAGUGAGGCUAUAAAGGUGGGCUGGUAUGUAGAUCGGUUUUUUGUGUGAGGUGUUACAAUGUCAGCAGUUUCAUUUAGCCACUUGUUAGCAACCACCUUUUAUAAGACACAUAAAAGCUUAAAACAUUUGAUGUAUUUUAUGUCAUAGAAUAAAACAUGAAAGUGUCUUCGGCUUUCGUUAAUGUUGCCAUUGCUCCAGAAUUGUGAAGGUGAAAUGCAUUCUCCUGCUGUGGUGAGAGGCAGUCAGAGAAAGAAGCUGAGGGUGGGCCUGCUGUUGGUGUAUGAUUGAAAUAUGUGAUCCUUCAGAUUUAAGUCCUGGUUGAUAUGUCAACCCAGGUCACUACUUUAUCAUAAAUAUAACAGAUUAAAAAAAAAACAUAAACAUAAAUGACCUGCUGAUGAAUACAUGCAGAAAGUGACUGUUCGUGUUUUGCAGAUGAACAUUUGUGGUUAGCAUGUAGCUUAGUGGCAAAUACAAUGUAUUUCCUGUGUCUUCUCCACAAUCCAAGCCACCCCCACUUUCACCAGUUAAACACUUUAAAUGUGAAGAAGCCCUUUUGGUGGUGACACCUCUCUGUACUGCAUUACACAGGAGGGUAUUGCUCAGCCUAUCCUAACAGGUCUAAAUGGGUUGAACAAAAUAAUAGAGACACUUGUCUGUAUAAUGUAAUACAAUUCAGCAACACGAAGCCGCAGCCUCCAAAAUGACCAUCAAAUUUAAAAACAGUUCAAAUAAAAAUCUUAAAUAAAAAUCUUCAUGAAGAUAGGA